CUGGCGGCGCCCCCUUUUCCGGGAUGGCGUUAGAGGAGUUCAGAGGAGGAAUUCCUUCUUGGGUGUGGGAAGGGGCUGACCGGAGAGGAAUCGGAGUGGUCGACAUCAUUGUUUUACCCAUCUCAUACUUGUAGACUGCGUCAGUUUAAGUCUCUUUCCCAUUCAUAAUCUGAUUUGGUUCUGUUCAUUUUCUCAUUCAUUGUUGCAUUUAUUCAGCCAAAUUUAGUGAGCAGCCCCUGUAUGUCUGGCGUUAGGUUAAAGGCUGGAGACAAGGCGACUGACUAUUAGUGCUGGGCUUAUAGGGAAAAUUGGAGACCAAAGCUGGAGACACGUGUUCCGCGGCCCCCCUCCUGUGUGGUUUAGGAAAAUUGGUUUAUCUGCACCUCAAGUCUCCCACCUGUAAAGCACAGCUUAUGAAUGAAGCCUCGCAGGGUUGUGGAGAGGAUCGAAUGAGACAAUUUGGGGAAAGACCUUUCUAAAUCUUACAGUACUGUGUGAGUCAGUGAUUAUUAUUGGUUGACUCUGACUUGUUAGUUGCUUCAUUCAUUCAAUAAGCACAUAAAUGUUUUAAGUUAUUUCAUGCUUUGGCUGAGUAUGAUACCUGGAGAAUUUGAGUGUCUUAGUUGAGCCAGCUGUAUGAUCUUGAGCAAUGACUUCACUGCUCUGAGUCGUUUCACUGCCUGUAAAAUGGGGCUGUUGAUAUUGACUUCCGAGUGUUGAUGUGGCCGGUAAGGUACAGGUGGAUGAAAAGUGCAAGGCUCAGUGUAAAUAAACAAUGGCUAACACUGUAUUUAGGGCAGGUUCCUUGGUUCUCAUGCUCAUUGCAGCAUUUCUAUUUCUGUGGCAUUUUUUUCUCCUGUGAUACCCAGUUUAGUGCUUGCACACCUGGGCUCUGAAGCUUCUGUUUGCUUCUGAGAAGAGAGGGUAAAAUGGCCCAGGGGGGCAGGGAAAGACAGUGUGUGCUGAGUUUGUGAUCAAGACAUGGCCCGGGUCAUCUGACUUCUGCUGACCCCAGGACCCUGACCUCUGGCCUCCCGGGGCACCCUGGUCCCAGAGCACUCUUGCCCAGGGAUUCUCACUGGCCUGAGUGUUGUCCUGCCGGCCCAGGCUCUAGGCUUUCCAGAGGUGAGGGCACUGUGCCCAGAGGGAAAACACAAUGAGCCUCCAGUCCAUCUCUUCGGGGGCCAAACAGAGGUUGGCAAGUUGAGGUGCAGGCAAAGAGGACCAGGGGCUCCCCGGAUGGCUGGGGGCCUGGUGACCAGGACAGGAUGGUCCAGGAAGAAAUGCAGGGGAUGGUGCUCCGAGAGGCCAGUGCUCCUAGAGUAAUCAUCUCUGUGGCUCAGAUAAGCCUCUGCCAGCUGGAAGCAGAGUCACUGUGACCAGAGGGGUUUGUGUGGCUAAAGAGGCAGACAGGACAGUGUGACCACAGCAGGGGACCAUGCCAAGCACAAAACGGUUUCAACAUGUGAUUGAGACCCCCGAGCCUGGCGAGUGGGAGCUGUCUGGGUAUGAGGCAGCUAUGCCGAUCACAGAGAAGUCAAAUCCACUGACCUGGGACUUGGACAAAGCAGAUGCUGGGAAAAUCGUUCAGUUGCUGGGGCAGUGUGAUGCUGAGAUCUUCCAGGAGAAGGGGCAAGGCAUGCCUGCCUACCAGUUAACCCAGGCUCAUCCCCUGGACACCGAGAAGAAAGAUGCCUUCCCCAUCUCCGCCUCAGCCUCUGCCCUCCCAGACCAUUUCUCCUGGUUUGGAAACUCUGAGAGCCCUUUCUCCUUCCACUGCAAUUUACACCCUCCUUUCUUGGCUUCUGAUUUCCACCUGCUCCCUGCAGCGACUGUACAGCGAAUCAGUUCUGACCACCAUGCUGCAAGUGGCCGGGAAAGUGCAGGAAGUGCUGAAGGAGCCAGAUGGGGGGCUGGUGGUGCUGAGUGGAGGGGGCACCUCUGGAUGGAUGACAUUCCUCAUGUCGAUUGGUAAAGGAUGAGCAGCUGUGUGUGUACGGAGAGAUGUGGAUGGACAGAGAGGUCUGACCUGGCGCUAAUGCUUCCUGAGGUCCGCGGCUUCACUCUUCCCGUUUCUCCGCAGCGUCUGUCUCUGUUGGGCGCAAGACAGAGUCUCGGGAAGAAACUCCCAACCUCCCGAUGUCAGAUUUUGGGAGUUCGUGUCCCCCCACCCCCAAGGGUGGAUUCCAGGCCAGAGGGGAUUAAGACUAGGAAAAGUAAGAGAGAUAGGAGGGGUUCUGAAAGUGGGAGGUCUCCGAGGCUCUUUGUCCAGGGGUGAUUUAUACUCAAAAUCACAACUCGGGUAACUAUGGGUCAAACCACAAUCAACCCAUAGGAUUACAAGUAUAGUUGCUUAGCUAAUAUUGAUCCAGUAAGGAAGGGAAGCUUGUAGUAUUGCAGAUAGUAAGUUAAUUAAAUAUCUUGUAGACAGUUAGACAGGGCCAGACCAUGAGGAGCCAAGAUGGAGGAGAGUGAAGACACAUACACUGAAGGCCGGGUUGUAAAAGGAGAGUAACUACCACACCACGUAGGAUGAAUAGCACUGAUUGAUAUUCUAAAUAGGUAUCAAUCACCUGGGUGGGGCACCAAGGUCUUCCAAGAAAGAUCCCUGACCCACCCCUUACCACUGAAAAAUCCUUGCUCAUUCCUUG